AAAAUUUAAAGUUCCCAAAUCUGACACCACAAUCAGAAAAUAUAUAAUGGAAUAUUUUGAAGAAUGUCGCGAAAGAGUGAAGAAAGAAAUAAUCGAUUUGAAAGUAAAAAAUAAUAGAUUUAGCAUUUCAUUCGACGAAUGGACUUCUGUGGCCAAUAAACGCUACUUGAAUUUAAUACUGCAUAGUAAAAAAAACAUAUGGAACUUGGGACUUGUCCGAAUAAAAGGUACCGCAACUUCUGAAAACUGCAUUGAUAUGAUUGAAUCUCGUUUGGUAGAUUAUGACUUGAGUUUAGCAACUGAUAUUAUUUCUAUUAUCACGGAUGGUGCCUCAACUAUGUUGAAAAUUGGCAAACGCAUAGGUCCACAUCAACAGCUGUGCCUGGCACAUGGAGUACAGCUAGGUAUCCUUGAUGUGAUGUACAAAAGACAAAUAAGAAUUGAGCCAAAUGAAAUUUCUAUAUGUGAAGAUGAUGAUUCCGAAGAAGAUACGAGAGAUCAAACUGAUUGCAUACAGUUAGCUGAUAAUGAAGAACAUGGAGAACUUACAGACGAAUUUGAUAUCAAAAAAAUUAUAGACAAAAUUCGGAGCGUUUUACGGUCAUUUCGAAAAUCUCCCAAAAAGAAUGAAAUUUUACAAAAAUAUGUGAAAAUGGAGUUCAACAAAGAGUUGCAGCUCAUCCUAGAUUGUCAGACUCGGUGAAACAGUUUACUAAAAAUGAUCGAAGGGUUUCAUAUGCUGGAGUCUUGCUUGAAAAAAGCGAUGGUCGACCUUAAGGCAGAUUGCUUGGAAGAUUUUGAAUUUAAUAUUAUUAAAAGCAUUAUUAAAGUUUUAAAGCCGGCAGAGUUAGUUAUAGAAGCUUUGUGCCGCCGUGACAUGAACCUCUGUUCUGCUGAUGCAGUGAUACAUUUUAUGCUGGACGAAGUUAAAAUGUGGACUUAUCAAUAGCUUUCAAUCUUUUUGAAUCAAUUAAAAAACGCGUUUCUGAAAGGCGCACAAUAU